AUGACGACAUUUCGGCGCCGGGUAGCCGAAUGGCGGCUUCCAUCUCUUCGGCGAGCGGCGCGAUGGUGGUUUCCUAGGACGACCAUUUUAGACUCUCCACAGGAGGCUGUGAUGGCGUUCCCUCACCUGCAGCAGCCCAGCUUCCUGUUGGCUAGCCUGAAAGCUGACUCCAUAAAUAAGCCCUUCCCACAGCGAUGUCAAGACUUGGUUAAAGUCAUUGAGGAUUUUCCAGCAAAGGAGCUGCACUCCAUCUUCCCAUGGCUGGUAGAGAGCAUCUUCGGCAGCUUGGACGGCAUCCUCCUUGGCUGGAACCUUCGCUGCCUACAGGGACGUGUGAGCCCUGUAGAGUACAGCAUUGCAAUGGAAUUUCUAGACCCUGGUGGCCCAAUGAUGAAGUUGGUUUAUAAACUUCAAGCUGAAGACUAUAAGUUUGACUUUCCUGUCUCCUACCUACCAGGCCCUGUGAAGGCGUCCAUCCAGGAGCGUGUGCUUCCUGACAGCCCCUUAUACCACAACAAGGUUCAGUUCCCUGCGACUGGGGGACUUGGCCUGCACCUGGCCCUCAAUCCAUUCGAGUAUUACAUGUUCUUCUUUGCUUUGAGCCUCAUCACACAAAAGCCACUACCAGGGGCUCUUCAUGUCCGUACUUCAGACUGUGCCUAUUUCAUCCUAGUGGACAGGUACCUGUCAUGGUUCCUGCCCACAGAAGGCAGCGUGCUCCCUCCACUCUCCUCCAGCCCUGGGGGACAUAGCCCCUCACCAGCUCCCAGGACACCGGCCAUGCCCUUCGCUUCCUACGGCCUCCACCAUACCAGCCUCCUGAAGCGACACAUCUCUCACCAGACGUCUGUGAAUGCGGACCCUGCCUCCCAUGAGAUCUGGAGAUCAGAAACCCUGCUCCAGGUUUUUGUUGAAAUGUGGCUUCAUCAUUAUUCCUUGGAGAUGUACCAAAAAAUGCAGUCCCCACACGCCAAGCUGGAGGUUCUGCACUACCGACUCAGUGUCUCCAGCGCCCUCCACAGCCCUGCCCAACCCAGCCUCCAGGCCCUCCACGCCUACCAAGAGUCAUUCACACCCACAGAAGAACAUGUGCUGGUUGUACGCCUGCUGCUCAAGCACCUGCACGCCUUUGCCAAUAGCCUGAAGCCAGAGCAAGUUUCUCCGUCCGCCCACUCCCAUGCCACGAGCCCGCUGGAGGAGUUCAAACGGGCUGCUGUCCCCAGGUUUGUUCAGCAGAAGCUCUAUCUCUUCCUGCAGCACUGCUUUGGCCACUGGCCCCUCGAUGCGUCAUUCAGAGCCGUGCUGGAGAUGUGGCUGAGCUACCUGCAACCCUGGAGGUAUGCACCUGAGAAGCAGACUCAGAGCAGCGACACUCAGGCCCGGGCUGUGUCGGAGAGAUGGGCACCCUUUGUGCAGGAGAACCUACUGAUGUAUACCAAGCUCUUUGUGGGCUUCCUGGGCCGUGCACUCCGUACCGACCUGGUCAGUCCCAAGAACGCGCUCAUGGUGUUCCGAGUGGCCAAAGUCUUUGCCCAGCCCAACCUGGCUGAAAUGAUCCAGAAAGGCGAGCAGCUCUUCCUAGAGCCUGAACUUGUCAUUCCCCACCGCCAGCACCGACUCUUCACAGCUCCCACGUUCACCGGCAGCUUCCUGUCAUCCUGGCCUCCAGCUGUCACCGACACCUCCUUCAAGGUGAAGAGCCAUGUCUACAGUCUGGAAGGCCAGGACUGCAAGUACACUCCGAUGUUUGGGCCUGAGGUCCGGACUCUGGUCUUGCGCCUGGCUCAGCUCAUCACGCAGGCCAAGCAGACUGCCAAGUCCAUCUCUGACCAGUGUGGGGAGAGCACAGUCAGCCGCCCCUUCCUGUCAUGGCUAGGCCUCUGCUCUGUGGACACAAAUGGCUCCUACCCAGGCAACGAUCUGGAUGACAUGGGGCAGGACAGCAUCCGCAAGACAGACGAGUACCUGGAGAAGGCCUUGGAGUACCUGUGCCAGAUGUUCCGUCUCAGCGAGGCCCAGCUUGCCCAGCUCACACUUGCCUUGGGGACAACGCAGGAUGAAAAUGGAAAGAAACAGCUCCCAGACUGUAUUGUAGGUGAAGAUGGACUCAUACUCACACCCCUGGGCCGGUACCAGAUCAUCAAUGGGCUUCGAAGGUUUGAUAUCGACUAUCAGGGGGACUCGGAGCUGCAACCCAUCCGGAGCUAUGAGAGCCCCAGUCUGGUUCGUGUACUCUUCCGCCUGUCAUCUGCCAUCAACCAAAGACUUUUCCAAGCCUGGGCUGUCCAAAUUCACUCUUGGAGAGACAACAUGUCUGUGGGGCACUGCUUCUCUGGCUCCCUUCCUACUCCCCUGCUGUUGAGAGUGUCACUCAGCUCGUCCCUGGGCAGGCUGGUGGCACUGCCAGCACCUUUUCAACAACCAAAGAUGGUCAAAGCAUUACUUUUUAUCUUCAGUAAAAUUGAGUGCUCAAAGACAGUAGCUUUUGAUAACAGAUACUCAGUCUACACAAUUGCAUGUUCACUAUCAGAAACCCCAUGGGUUCUCAUAUACUUUUCAUCCUAUAGAUGGCAUACCAGAGAGAACUUUCAAAAAGAGAUUAUAACAACGCUUUUCUGUUUUCAAGCUAAAUGUUGGACUUUGUAUUUUGACAUAAACUCAGAAUAAUGGCUUUCCACAGCCUGUGGCCAAAAAUCAAGUCAACCUCAUAACCCUCUGUGUAGCUGAAUAAACUCCAUCAUGCUCCUGGUGCCUGGGAGGCUACCUAGUCACGCACAGUACCCCCCCCGUGCUGGGACUGCGGUGAUGGCCCUGACUGCCCUGACCUUCCUCACCCAGGGUGUGCUGGACUCACAGCAGCAGCAGUGGGCCCAUGCAGAUUUAAACAUGAAUGGCCAUUGUGGAAAAGGACCUGGGUUGGUUGGGCCUAAGUCAUGCCACAUUUGCCUUGUCAAAUUAAAGUUGACUUUAAUAUGAAAAGCAGGUGAUUUUGCCUUUUCUGUAGCUUCUGGAAGCUCAGAGGGUUGUGUCUAUAUGGGAACUGACUGCUUAGAUCCAAGUGCUUCACCAGCUCUUCCUGAUCUGAGUGUUAAUUGUGCCCCUUUCCUGGCAUGACGGCUACUUGAGUCCCAUUUGGUGGAAAUAGAAAACAGGACAUAGUUUAAAUGAUGGUUUACUGUCAGAUAUUAAUGGCAUAGUGUUUCCCCACUCCCUCUUCCCAGUUUCCUCGGUGUCUACCCUGUUCACAGCUUCACUCCUCCAUCCCUUACAUGCCUUUCUUACCCACAUUUCUCUCCACUUGUAAACAUUUCCCAACACCUUGCAAAGAAAAUCCUCCAUUAACAGAAACACCUUCAGCUGCUGUGGGGUCAUUGGGGACCGCUUAUUACCCUGGGAUCUCUUGCUGAGUCCUAAAGAGCAGACUGUAAGGUGUUUGCUCAGCAGCAGGUGCUAAAGCUGGAACUGUCAGAGGUUUGCACAGUUCCUGCAUGAGGGAGUGUAGGGUAAAUGAAUUAACAGGAUUUUUGUGCCACGAUCUUCUGGCUUUCACUGGCAGCCUAGAUCUUGUUAACACUUGAGAGCAUGGGCCUGAUUUGGACUCCUGGAUAGGAGUGGACAGGCAUGUGUUAAGUGCACACGUGAGCCUAGAGGCCAGGGCUAGAAGGGCAGCAUCACUCGAAGCUACAAGAGGACAAGUGACCACAAAAGGCAAAACGCCAGAGAGACCAGAGAAAGUAAAUAAUAAAAGAUACACUUGCCUGCCUCCCUGCCCGCCUCCCCUGCCUGUGCCUGCCUCCUUGCACGCCAGCCUCCCUGCCUGGAAGCCUGUGUACGUGGUUCCCUGAAAGAGCAUCAGAGCCUGAAAAAUCCACCGAGGGCUCUGGGACUCUGUCUGUCUGCCCUAGUGGCUAGUGAACCUGCUCUGUGGGUGCUGGCACUGGAGGGUGACUGUAAGGUAAAUGGAAGUGCUCAGGUUUUUCUGCUCUUCAGCAAUUAGCAUCAAUGAUCCACACCUGUGGUCUGUCCUCUGCCAGUGCGCCUGAUGACGACAGUGCCUGGAAC